AUGGGUCGGCUCCGUGGCGUCGAGCAACGCGAUCAGGUCGGUCGGGAAAUAGGGCUCGCUAUGGGCAAGGAGUUCUUCGCGGCUGAACCAGCGCCAGCUCUGCAUCACGCGCUGCUCAAGGACGGUAUGGCCCGCGCCCGCUCAUCCGCAUCGACCUCGACGCCCUCGAUGGUGCGGAACUCGACCUGCCGCCGGGCGACCUGCUGCCCGCAAUCGCGGUCGAGUCCGGUUUCCUCCACAAUUCGCGGCGCGCGGCCUCCUCAUAGCUCUCGCCCGGAUCGACCGCGCCGCCGGGCGUGCACCAGAAGGGCGGGCGAUCAUCGGGGUGAAGCGGAACAUCAGCGUCCGCCCACUCGCAUCGACCAGCAGGAUGCGUGCGGCGGGACAGGGCAGGCGAUCAUGCGGCAUCAAGCUCCGGAUAAUGGCGGAAAAUUCCAGCGAUCAGCGCGGGAUAAUCGCCCUCGAUCGCUGCCAUCCGCUUCGGGAACAUGUAGCGUAGCCCCGCGACCAUCUGGAAUAGCGAGGUGUCGACCGGCGACCAGCGCCCGCCCGCCAUCCAGUCGCGAUUCGCCAGCGCCUCCUCGAAAUAGCCGAGGAAUUUGGGGAUGCGAUCUUCACGGAACUGCGCGGCGGCGCGGGCCGCUCCGGCUUCUGUUCGUGAUAAUAGGCCAUCAUCGCGACCGGAUGGUGCACGUUAUGAACCUCCGCCACCAUGUCGCUGAUCGUCAGUUGCAGCUGGUGAAGCCACACCCGAUCCGCGUGCGGCGCGAGAUCAUGCCGCUCGGUCAACCAGUGGAGGAUGUUGGCGACCUGCGCGAUCGCCUGUCCCUCGACGCGCAAGUAAGGCGGCGCGAAAGGGCGGCGAUCACCCUUUUUCCAUAUUGGCGAGCAGCGCCUCGGCGCCCCCUUCCACGCCACGGUCGCGAUAGGGCAGACCCGCGGCCUCCAGCGUCAGCCGGACGAACUCGCCGCGUCCGGCAGGCCGGGCCAGUACCACAGGUCGCCGGGCAUAUGCUUAUUCUCCGGGGCUUUCGCGCUGAUCGCCAGCGCAUGGAUGCGCUCCGACAACAGAUCGGCGAGCGCGCGGUUCACGAGCGCUGA